CUCUGACUAAUGGUUGACGGUUGCCAUGGCAACACCAAGCUCUACAGGGCUCUGCUCGGUUGAAGAGGAACUGAAUUCGCUUGAUUAUCAUCCUAUGAAGACAAACUAAAGGAAGGGGAAGCUGCCAUGUCCGAUCUGCUUAAAGACAAAUCCCAAAGAAAAGAGAAGAAGACAGUUAAGGUGCCCUCAGAGGGAAGCCAUGGAGUCAGAGGCAAGGAAACCACUGGAAAGACUAAGGACUCUAUAAGUACUGUGUCAGGCAUGGAUGAACUACACCAUGAUGACAACGCUCGGACGGCUGUAACAAUGGAGAACACCUACCAGAUGGGACCUUACAAACGCUUCCCUGUCCCCGCUGUCACAGACAUACUGAAGGAUGUGCUCACCUCUUACCUCCAAGAGGAGAAAUAUGAAGUAGAGUGGUCUCAAAAAAUGACAAAAACAAUAUGUGAGGUGAUAAGAGCACGUGUGAAGGACCUUAUGAUCCCCAGAUAUAAGAUAGUUGUCCUGGUCCACAUUGGCCAGCUCACUGGGCAGAGCAUGCAGAUAAGCAGCCGCUGUCUGUGGGAUGCAGCUAACGACACCUUUGCCUCUUACUCUUUCAAGAAUAGCUCUCUGUAUGGUGUGGCAACUGUCUAUGCUGUUUACAUUGAGUGAAUCAUAGACAUUGCAUGCACACUGAUAAAUACACAGGAAUCACUGUAGCUAUGCAUUUCUGACACAAAAAAGUUUUUUUAAAAGGUUCUUUAUCUAUGUUUAUUUUGCCAUGUAUAAAAUGAUAAAACAAGAAUUUGUAACCAAAUUUUAUGGUGUUUUUUUUAUUUUAUUUUUGCUAUCAUGGAACAUGAAAUUACAGUAUUUUGAAGAUUAUAUUUCCAGCUAAUGAAUCACUGUGACAGGUUGAUGAUGACCUCCUUUGG